GACAGCGCUUUACUUCAUCCUGAGGAGGGAGAAGCGCUCAAUUUGAAAUAUUUGAGUUAGUGCGAGGAAGAAGUCUCUGUUGCUGCCAUUAUUUCCAGCGCACCGCCACAUUUUGUGAAGAGAAACAAGGUGACCACUUCUUAUUCAUUUCUCUGCCUUGCCAGUUAGGUUUUGGUGACUUUAGUUAGGUUAGGUUAAGUUAGUUUAGUUUGGUUAGUGUGGUUAGGUUUGGUUAAGUUACGUUUGGUUAGGUUAGGUUAGGUAGUUUAGUUAGGUUAAAUUAGUUUGGUUAGGUUUUAUUUGUUUUAAUUUAGUCAGGUUAGGUUAUUUAGGUGAAGUUAAGUUAGGUUUUGUUAAGUUAGUUUGGUUAGGUUAAAUUAGUCUUGGUUAGGUUUGGUUAAGUUAGGUUUGGUUAGGUUAGGUUAGCUAUUUUAAUUAGGUUAAGUUAGCUAGUUUGGUUAGGUCUGUAAGGUGGAGGUUGAGCGGAAUGAUGUCGCUUUUCUCCGGAGUGGUGAAUCUGCUCCACCCGGAUCCGCGUUGCUGGAUCCACUUGUUGCGGUGGAUUGCUACCCUCUAAUUUAAUUCAUUCCCAUCACCACUAACCUUGCUGUUGGAAUGACAGUUCCCACAAACACUCCAUUUAAAUUCAAAUUAUGUUGAAAGGCCGGGGAUAAAUGUGACUCUCUCUCUCUCUCUCUCUCUCUCUCUCUCUCUCUCUCUCUCUCUCUCUCUCUCUCUCUCUCUCUCUCUCUCUCUCUCUCCUCAUGUCUGUGUGCAUGAUUUGGUUAGCCUUAGAUGUUAAUGAGUUAGGUAUUCUGUACACAGCAUUAAUACUCUGAUAACAUUUUGAACAGUAAGUAUUCUGUACACAGCAUUAAUACUGUGAUAACAUUUUGAACAGUAAGUAUUCUGUACACAGCAUUAAUACUGUGAUAACAUUUUGAACAGUAAGUAUUCUGUACACAGCAUUAAUACUCUGAUAACAUUUUGAACAGUAAGUAUUCUGUACACAGCAUUAAUACUGUGAUAACAUUUUGAACAGUAAGUAUUCUGUACACAGCAUUAAUACUGUGAUAACAUUUUGAACAGUAAGUAUUCUGUACACAGCAUUAAUACUGUGAUAACAUUUUGAACAAGUAUACCGGGGAAAAACUGUGUUUGUGUCCUUGAUGACCCAGUGAAGUGUGGGUGGGUGACCCAACUUUGGGCUGUGACCCAAGGGUUAAGAACCACUGACCCAAGGUGAUGCACUCUUCCAGGCACUUGCUGUGAGAGAGAGGGGAGACCUGUGCACCGCUGUGCUGCACUGUGCUUAGAUGUCCCUGGUUCACUCCUGAGGCUGUACCAUUCUUGCCCCUAUUGUGAGUAUGUCUCUGUGUGUGUGUGUGUGUGUGUGCGUGUGUGUGUGUGUGUGUGUGUGUGUGUGUGUGUGUGUGUGUGUGUGUGUGUGUGUGUGUGUGUGUGUGUGUGUAGUUGACAAUUACUGAAGGGUUUGUGACUUGACCCGUCCCACAAGUGACAAAGACGGCAUCACGUUGGUCAGUGCUUGCAGAAAUGGCUCUUUCUGAGACGUGGGUACAGUUUGUAAUGGCCGCCACUCUUCCCUGCUCCACAGACCAGGCCAGCAUCCAGGCUGCCGCCCUGCCUGGCACUGACGGCUGUCUGGCCUCCCCGAGGGUCCCUGCAGGACUGGACGCGGCGUGUGCUGGCGGGAGUGGUGCUGCGGUGGAGGUCGUGAGGCCGGGCACCAGCAUGAGUGGCCGGCGGUGGCGGCAACAGCAGCAGCAGCAGCAGCAGCAGCCAGCCUCAGGUGUGGGGAGGCACAGGUGUGGUGGCAAGAAUCACCUGGAGGCAGACAGCUCUGUCCACAGAGGAGAGAGCAAGUUUGAGUGCCAGCAGUGUGACAAAACUUUUGUAUCCAGACAUGGCCUUAAGUACCACACCCUGACACACAGUGGUGUUAGAAAUUAUGAGUGUGGUGAGUGUGGGAAGAAAUUUACCCACAAGUCUAACCUCAACACACACACCCUGACACACAGUGGUGUUAGAAAUUAUGAGUAUGGUGAGUGUAGCAAGAAAUUUACAAGUAAGUCUAACCUCAACACACACACCCUGACACACAGUGGUGUUAGAAAUUAUGAGUGUGAUGAGUGUGGGAAGAAAUUUACCCACAAGUCUUCCCUCACCACACACACCCUGACACACAGUGAUGUUAGAAAUUAUGAGUGUGAUGAGUGUGGGAAGAAAUUUACCCAUAAGUCUAACCUCACCAAACACACCCUGACACACAGUGGUCUUAGAAAUUAUGAGUGUGAUGAGUGUGGGAAGAAAUUUAUCAGAAAGUCUACCCUCACCAGACACACCCUCACACACAGUGGUGUUAAAAAUUAUGAGUGUGAUGAGUGUGGGAAGAAAUUUACCCACAAGUUUCACCUCACCACACACACACUGACACACAGUGGUGUUAAAAAUUAUGAGUGUGGUGAGUGUGAGAAGAAAUUUACCCACAAGUCUUACCUCACCACACACACCCUGACACACAGUGGUGUUAGAAAUUAUGAGUGUGAUGAGUGUGGGAAGAAAUUUACCCAUAAGUCUUACCUCACCACACACACCCUGACACACAGUGGUGUUAAAAAUUAUGAGUGUGAUGAGUGUGGGAAGAAAUUUACCCACAAGUCUUCCCUUAACACACACACCCUGACACACAGUGGUGUUAAAAAUUAUGAGUGUGAUGAGUGUGGGAAGAAAUUUACCCAAAAGUCUUCCCUUAACACACACACCCUGACACACAGUGGUGUUAAAAAUUAUGAGUGUGAUGAGUGUGGGAAGAAAUUUACCACCAUUUCUCGUCUCAAUCAACACGCCUUCAGACACACUGGGGUGAGGGAGUUCGAGUGUGAUGUUUGUGGCAAGUGUUUCAAGACAAAGGGUGAUAUUGCCAAGCACGUGAAGAUCCACUUCUGAGGUGGUGGUGUGUGGACACAUGGGGCCACACCUGUACCUGUGGUGGUGGUGGUGGUGGUGGUUGCCGUGCCUGUGAGGGAGUCAUGGCCCCAGCAGUUUUGUGUGGUGGUGGUGGUGGUGGUGGUGUGGGGGAGUCAUGGCCCCAGCAGUUUUGUGUGGUGGUGGUGGUGGUGGUGGUGUGGGGGAGUCAUGGCCCCAGCAUUUGUUUUGUUGGCAGUGCAGGUGUGACUUUCAAUAAAUGUGUGUGUGCAGUAAACCUUUGUUUGUGUAUUCACCAGGUGUAGUAUACAGGGCCUCAGCUACAGGAAUAUAUUGUGGUGAGGCAGCCCCUCUCUCUCCUUGCCUCAAGUGUUUGUGUAUUCACCAGGUGUAGUAUACAGGGCCUCAGCUACAGGAAUAUAUUGUAGUGAGCCAGCCCUUCUCUCUCCUUGCCUCAAGUGUUUGUGUAUUCACCAGGUGUAGUAUACAGGGCCUCAGCUACAGGAAUAUAUUGUAGUGAGGCAGCCCCUCUCUCUCCUUGCCUCAAGUGUUUGUGUAUUCACCAGGUGUAGUAUACAGGGCCUCAGCUACAGGAAUAUAUUGUAGUGAGGCAGCCCUUCUCUCUCUCCUUGCCUCAAGUGUUUGUGUAUUCACCAGGUGUAGUAUACAGGGCCUCAGCUACAGGAAUAUAUUGUAGUGAGGCAGCCCCUCUCUCUCCUUGCCUCAAGUGUUUGUGUAUUCACCAGGUGUAGUAUACAGGGCCUCAGCUACAGGAAUAUAUUGUAGUGAGGCAGCCCCUCUCUCUCCUUGCCUCAAGUGUUUGUGUAUUCACCAGGUGUAGUAUACAGGGCCUCAGCUACAGGAAUAUAUUGUAGUGAGGCAGCCCCUCUCUCUCCUUGCCUCAAGUGUUUGUGUAUUCACCAGGUGUAGUAUACAGGGCCUCAGCUACAGGAAUAUAUUGUAGUGAGGCAGCCCCUCUCUCUCCUUGCCUCAAGUGUUUGUGUAUUCACCAGGUGUAGUAUACAGGGCCUCAGCUACAGGAAUAUAUUGUAGUGAGGCAGCCCUUCUCUCUCUCCUUGCCUCAAGUGUUUGUGUAUUCACCAGGUGUAGUAUACAGGGCCUCAGCUACAGGAAUAUAUUGUAGUGAGGCAGCCCUUCUCUCUCUCCUUGCCUCAAGUGUUGUGUUUGUUUCUUUUUGUCUCCCUUCACACGUUAGGUUAUGUUAAGUCUGGCACCAUCUUUGCCCCUCUCUCUCUCUCUCUCUCUCUCUCUCUCUCUCUCUCUCUCUCUCUCUCUCUCUCUCUCUCUCUCUCUCUCACCAUUGGUAAGUAUUAAGAAAACUACCCAGCUCACAACAGCAGAAACAAUUUCAUUAUUUUUCCUGCUAGAUUUUGGUAUGUUCUCAAUCUGCUAACAAUUUUUUUGUAGCAAAUCAUUUUUUUUUUUUUUUACCCUCUUCCUUCAACCCCCUCAGACACUGAUGAUUUGCAAGGAAAUGAUGGUCAGAUCAAGACAAAAUGUGCCAAAAUGUUGCAUCCUCACUGACACACACACAAACACACACCAAUACCUGUCGCUGUUCACAGUGAUGCACUGCGGUCACUGGUGAUGGAGCGUCAUGCUGGUCUCCCGCCACGGCACUCUUGGGUGUUAACAGACCAAACCUAACCUAACCUAAUGGGGCCACUGUCCCAUUGGGGUGGCACUUAAUUUGUCAGGGAAGGUGGUCAGGGGACUGGGGGGAGUGAUGGAGGGAGUGCAGACCUGGCCUGUUGUUGCAUGGGAGGGGCAGGAAGCAGGGUGUGUGUGUGUGUGUGUGUGUGUGUGUUGCAGGCGGGGACAGUGUGUUAGGCAGCGCUUGGCCCAGUGUGUGCUGACUGUCACUGUUGUUCCAGGUGCCAGGCAGAGCCCAGGCAGCACGCCCUGCUCACUGCCAACCAAUCUUGUGUCUGACUUCCUGUAGAUUUGGCUGCGGCGUGUGCUGGCGGGAGUGGUGCUGUGGUGGAGGUUGUGAGGCCGGGCAGCAGCAUGAGUGGCCGGUGGCAGCAGCAGCAGUCUGCCUCAGGUGUGGGGAGGCGCAGGUGUGGUGGCAAGAAUCACCUGGAGGCAGGCAGCUCUGUCCACAGAGGAGAGAGCAAGUUUGAGUGCCAGCAGUGUGACAAAACUUUUGUAUCCAGACAAGGCCUUAAGUACCACACCCUGACACACAGUGGUGUUAGAAAUUAUGAGUGUGGUGAGUGUAGCAAGAAAUUUACAAGAAAGUCUAACCUCACCAGACACACCCUGACACACAGUGGUGUUAGAAAUUAUCAGAGUGAUAAGUGUGGAAAGAAAUUUACCACUAAGUCUUACCUCACCACACACACCCUGACACACAGUGGUGUUACAAAUUAUGAGUGUGAUGAGUGUGGGAAGAAAUUUACCCACAAGUCUUCCCUCACCACACACACCCUGACACACAGUGGUGUUAAGAAUUAUGAGUGUGAUGAGUGUGGGAAGAAAUUUACCCACAAGUCUUCCCUCACCACACACACCCUGACACACAGUGGUGUUAAGAAUUAUGAGUGUGAUGAGUGUGGCAAAAGAUUUCCUACCAUUUCUCAUCUCAAUAAACACACCUUCAGACACACUGGCUUGAGGGAGUUCAAGUGUGAUGUUUGUGGCAAGUGUUUCAAGACAAGGGGUUGAUAUUGCCAGGCACAUGAGGGUCCACUUUUGAGGUGUGUUGUAUGCAUGAGUGGGACCACACCCAUGCCUGUGAUGGUGGUGGUGGUGAUGGUGGUGGUGGCAGUGGUGGCAACCGUGCCUGUGUGUGCUGUGAGGGAAUAAUGGCCCCAGCAAUUGUUUUGUGUGGUGGUGGUGGCGGUGGCAGCCAUGCCCAGGUGUGCUGUGAGGGAGCAGUGGCGGCAGCAGUUGUUUUGUUGGCAGUGCAGGUGUGACUUUCAAUAAAUGUGUGUGUAACAUCAUGCCACGUUCUUUUCCUUUUUGAGUGGUGGUGUGUCGGCUCCCUGUGUCUGGUGUUUGCUGCGCCAAGUUGUGGCAGCCACAAGCAUCGCCCCACACUUGCUUCGCUGGAUCUGAGCGGCCGCAUCCCUCACCACUCCGCCGGCCUGUCGGUGCUCUCUUGUGUGCACUGGGUGUGCCUGAGCCGUUGUGCUGACGCUGGGGAGUCUUCGGCAAGCACAAGUGUCUUGCGUGGUGGUGUAAGAAUGCGUGUUGGGUCUUUCAUAUCAAUUAGGAAGAGCAGGGGACCCAGCACAGAGCCCUGGGGUGCCCUGCUGUGCACUUUCACUCUGCUGCACUCUGCUGCAUGUACUCUUGUGCAUCUAUGUGAUGGACCUGAUGAGGUCUUUAAGUGGUACAGGGACCAUAGCAAGGGUAACAUAAGAAAAAUUCUCAGGAUACAACAAAUAAUUGGUUCAAGCUUGAAAAAAAGUUAUGUUUAAAGAGACAGGAAGGAAAUGGUUCUCAAAUAGUGGUGGAUGACUGGAAGUGACUGAGUAAUCUGGUUGUUAGUGCUGCGUCAGUAGGGAGGUUUGAAAGAUUAGAGAAAUGUACGGACGGGGAUGACGGGUGGAAACUGGCAGGCACUCACUACAGGGACUGGCACGUGUUGGCCUGGUGGCUUCCUGCGCCAACCCUUGUGUUCUUGUGCUCCGGGGCCAGUUCUGGGCAGCUUGCAUUUCAGUCGGCAGUGUGGCGCAGCAUUGAAGGCUGUUACAAAGAUGCACAGCGUCCAAAGGGCGAGUGUAGUCGUGCACGUUUGGCCAGCCACUAACCCUUUGACUGCCACUUGGUACACCUUUCCCUCAUCACCAAUCACUGAGACACCUUUACUUGCUCCACAGGCACAUCCAGUCUUUGAACUGGGAAGAAAUUGCAAAAGAUAUUCUUGCACUGCUGGUGGUGCUGCUGACUGUGUUGUGUUGCAGGGAAGGGGUCCAGGGACAGGCAGGUUGGUCACACUUAACCCUCCCUGUGUGAAUGCAUGUUGCUUCUCACCAAACACUUUUCUGGCCUGUAAAUCUUGAGUGUUUCAUCCCUGACCACUUCCCCCGUGGCUUGUGUGCUGUGCUUGUAAGGCUUGCUGGGGCACCACCACUGGCUGCCGUCCCAACACUGACACCUCUGCAGGUGAACACCACCACCAAGGUCUAUACAGGGUGUCUCAAGAGGAAAGGAACACCAACACUAAUAACACAGU